GGGGGGAAGAGGUUCGGCCGGUGUCCAAGCGGCGCCCGGGCAGUUAACAAUGGCGAGCCAGGCUCCUUCCCUCAGCUACGUCGGGAGCAACUUUUUGCGGCAGAGGCUGGUGCUGUCCACGCUGAGCGGGCGGCCGGUGAAAAUCCGCAAGAUCAGAGCCAAGGAUGACAACCCGGGCCUCAGAGAUUUUGAGGCAAACUUUCUCAGGCUGAUUGACAAGAUAACCAAUGGUUCUAGGAUUGAAAUAAACCAAACAGGUACAACUUUGUACUACCAGCCUGGUCUGCUUCACGGAGGUUCACUGGAACAUGAUUGUAGUGAAAAUCGUAGUAUUGGAUAUUAUCUAGAGAGUCUUCUCUGCUUAGCCCCAUUCAUGAAACAUGCACUAAGAAUUGUCCUCAGAGGUAUAACCAAUGAUCAGAUAGAUCCAUCAGUGGAUGUUCUGAAGGCAACUGCUCUACCUUUGUUGAAAAGAUUUGGAAUUGAUGGUGAAGAAUUAGAGUUGAAGAUAAUAAGGCGGGGUAUGCCCCCCAAAGGAGGAGGGGAAGUGAUCUUUGCUUGUCCUGUGAAGAAAGUAUUAAAACCUAUUCAAUAUAUUGACCCUGGUAAAAUUAAGCGUAUCAGAGGUAUGGCCUAUUCAGUCAGGGUAUCCCCCCAGAUAGCAAACCGAAUGGUGGAUUCUGCGAGGAGCAUCUUGAAUAAAUUCCUACCAGAUAUCUACAUUCAUACAGAUCAUAUGAAAGGGACCAGCUCUGGAAAGUCUCCUGGCUUUGGUCUGUCUCUUGUGGCUGAGACUACAAAUGGGACUUUCCUUAGUGCUGAACUGGCCUCUAAUCCCCAGGGCCAGGGUGCCGCUGUACUUCCAGAAGACCUUGGUGUGAACUGUGCAAAGUUACUCCUUGAAGAGAUCCACCGAGGAGGCUGCGUGGACUCUAUAAACCAAAGCCUCAUUCUACUUCUUAUGACUCUUGGGCAGCAAGAUGUCUCCAAAGUCCUUCUAGGACCAUUAUCACCUUACACAAUUGAAUUCCUACGACAUUUGAGAAGUUAUUUCCAGGUUAUGUUUAAAAUUGAAACCAAACCGUUUGAAGAUGAACGAAAGGGAGGUGAAAAAGUCUUAAUGACCUGUGUUGGCAUUGGGUUUUCUAAUCUUAGCAAAACAGUAAGAUGAUACUUUGCUCAUGGAUUUCAAUUAAAAAAUACAAAAAUUAAUUUUCUAUUGAUAUACUUUCAUGCGCAUGUUUUACUCAGGAAGAGUAUGUGGAUUUUGUGUGUGUGACUGACUUUCACUUAUUAAAGCAGUAGUUGUUGCCAUUUUAAUCCCUUUGAAAGAUGUUUGAGACUCCAUUAUGAACUUUAAGUGUAUAUAUUGAAGGUUACAUUUAUUGAAGUACUUCUAGACAUUUACAAUUGGUUUUGGAGCUGGAAAUGCAAUCUACAUAUCUAUUUUUUCCUUUUAUUGUAGAAAGAGCAUGUGCUAAAAUCUUGUUCAAAAUCAGAUGCAAUGAUAAAUAAAUUUGUGCCAUAGUCUUAAAACUAUAAUUGAAUUUUUCCAAGGAAGCUCUUUAGUAUGUGUCAAAUUAAGGUGGAUUUUUGUUAUCAGGCUUUUUUUCAAAAAGGAAAGCUUUAAAGAUGAUAGACUGCAAAGCAGCUCUCCAUGGAGAAGGAAGAGCUCUUUUCUAUAAGAUCUUCUUUCUUGACCUUAGAGUAAAGAAGUAUGAACAGAGAUUUAGCCUUUUAUUCUGAGUAAAUGGAUGCUAAAACUACUUGUCACAUGUUUUCCAUAGUCGGAUGUAGUAACAGUUGAUACAGAAGCUUAUUGAUUCCAUGGUAUAGCAACUUCAAUUUUCUGUAUCUGGAAGUAAUUCUGAAUCAGCAAUUGGUUCAUGGAAAUCUUACACAACGGAUGGCUGUUUUUCUGCCAAUCAAGCAAAAUUCUUCUGUAUCUCUGAAUGAUUUGAAACCUGUUUUCUACCUGGAAGAUAACCUAUCAACUGAUUUAUGCAUUAUUUUUAAUUGUUUAUAUCUGCUCGCUUUUAUUCCUUUCCAUCCUCCUACUACAAUCUCUCACACUGGGAAUUAUCAUUACAAACCACAAGCAGGUUCUAAAGAAAAGCCAUUGUCUUAUAUUCUACAUAUCCUGAAGUAUGAAUAAAAGCUGAAAUUAUAUCCAGUUACCUCACUUGUGCACAAAAAUAAACUUGGGAAUAACACAAAAUAAAAAAUGGGAAUAAAAAAUGUAA